AUGGCACGAAAGGAAAACAUUGAAUCUGUUGAACUCCUACUUCGUGAUCUCUGUGAUCCAGAUCAACCAUUUGGCGCUAAAGUUAUAGUCUUUGGGGGAGAUUUUAGAUAUUUUCACAGAAAGGGCAAUCCUCGGAUCACACCAUUAAAUGAUGUAGUAGACUCUAUCAACAAUUAUCUUAUUGACAAAUUCCCAGGAGAAGCUGUUAUUUAUAAAAGUUUUGACAGUAUCCUAGAUGAUAACUGUGCAAUUUACCCAAUUGAAUUCUUGAACCAGCUUGCCCCUGGUGGUAUGACACCACACAAACUUAUUCUAAAAUUUAACAGUCUAGUGAUCUUGCUUAGGAAUGUUGAUCUAGCUGAUGGCCUAUGCAAUGACACACGUCUCAUAUGCAAGUACUUUAGAAGAAACGUUUUUGUUUGUGCUAUAGCCACUGGCGAUCGUCAAGGAGAACUUGUAUUCAUCCAUCGUGUUAACCUCCGCCCUCCAUCAUCAACAAAAUAUCUGAUUCAGUUUAAGGGAAUACAAUUUCCUCUAAAGCUCAGUUUUGCAAUGACUAUCAACAAAUCUCAAGGACAAACAUUAAGCCAGGUUAUGGUUUACCUCCCACAACCAUGCUUUUCACAUGGUCAAUUGUAUGUUGCAUUAUCAAGAGCCAAAAAGUCAGACAAGGUGACUGUAAUCACACCCCAGCCUGCUGAAAUUUACAGCACACCAGUUCUGAAGAACAUAGUAGCUUCUGAUGUCUUGCAACUAUCUGGUAUAACAUGA